AUGCUAGUGGCAGUUAGAGACAAGAAACAGCAUGUAAAGUGGAGUAAGAUGGCGUCUGCUAGCAGGGUCGUUCAGGUAGUCAAGACACAUACUCCAUUAAUAAGGUUCCCUAACAGAAGAGACCAUCCUAAACCCAAUGUAUCAGAAAUUCUGAGAUCAGCAGAACUACCAUCUCACUCUUCUUCAAUUUCACAGCAUUUUAAGGGAAGUAAAUCGCCAGAUUGGCUGAUGCAUCAGGGUCCACCAGACACUACAGAAAUAAUAAAAACAUUACCUCAGAAAUAUAGAAGGAAGCCUAUGUCUCAAGAAGAAAUGGAAUGUAUCCAGCGUGGAGGUCCAGAAUAAUCACUGACAGUGGCUGCUGUUCGUCAUCACACAAAAGGAUAGUCUUUACAAUAAAGGACUUCCAACAUGACAAAUGAGAAAUUGUAGAUUAAACAACCUUAAUAAAUAUUCUGUAAA